AUGUCUGAGUCCAAGGAAUUCACCCUCCAGGAGGUCGCCGGCCACAACACCAAGAAGGACCUUUACAUGGUCAUUCACGACAAGGUCUACGACUGCACCAGCUUCGUCGAUGAGCACCCUGGUGGUGAGGAAGUCCUCCUCGAUGUUGGUGGCCAGGACGGCUCCGAGGCUUUUGAGGAUGUCGGCCACUCCGAUGAGGCGCGUGAGAUUCUCGACGGCCUCCUUGUCGGUAGCGUGAAGCGCAUGCCCGGUGACCCCGAGCCCAAGCCCCAGGCCUCCACUGCCACCUCGUCGUCUUCUAGCUCUGGCUCUACUGGCUUCGGCGUCGGUCUCUACGCCAUCAUCCUGAUCGGUGGUGCCAUUGCCUACGGUGCCUACAACUACCUCGAGGCCCAGCAGCAGCUGUGA